GGUCUGCCAUCGUUUCCGACAGCUGCCCACCUCGUUUGCAGCAAAGCUUUCAGAUCUGCGCGCUGCCGUCCGGUUCUCACAAAUUCUAAAUCUGGCAACCCUGCUCCACCAGCCUGUGGAUGUGAAUAGGGUUAACCUCAUUCAGUCAGGAGGGGAACUAAUGUAAUCAGGUGACGGAGGUGCGACGCAGCGCAACUCCCAGGAGAGCGCUGGCGUAGUUUCUGAACGCGGUCCAAUUCCGCAGGACGUCACUGGCGUCCCGUGACACUUCCAUUCAGGACAGCUGUGCGCUCACGCUUCUUUUUUACGCCAUUUAGCAGAUGGUCUCAUCCGCCGGGACGUGCAUGGCUUACAUUCUCUGCUUUGCUGAAGCAAUUUAGGUUAAGUGCCUGAGUACAACGGCAUAACGUCUCGCUCCCCACACAUUUUCUGAUUGGCUGCGUGUGUUUCAGCGAGGUCUCAGCCGCACGCGGGUGCUGGUGAGCUGCGUGUGAGGCGGUUAUGUUGAGCGCUGCCUGUUCGGCGGGCUGGCGUCUCUGGCGUUUGUAACGCAGAGGCCAGCUACAGUAAGGUGAAUCGGCCACCAUUACUGCCGUGUUUCUGCCGUCUUCUUGAAUGGAAAACUUCCUGCUAUUUUUGAAUGAAGCGGUGUUUGCACAUGCCCCACUGCUCCAGCUCCCUCCUCCUUCCCUGUCGUGUGCUGGAAAAUGUGAAUGAGUGUGGGGCUGAGGAUGUGAUGUCACGUUACACUACAGCGAGCUAACCCCAUCCCCCGCCCACACUGCAGCUCUACGCUUGUGGGACUCCACCAUUGGCUCAUCUCUCAGACUGCUGACCUGCUUCAUGCUACAGUCAUGUGUACAGCACACGCGCACACCCACACACACAUAUACACAUGCACACACAUGCACACACCUAUGCUCAUACACACAUUCUCUCACACAUAUGCACAUGCACACACGUUCACACACACAUAUACACAUGCACACACACGCACACACAUAUGCACAUGCACACCCACGCACACACACAUAUACACAUGCACACACGUUCACACACACACAUGCACAUACACACACGCACACACACCCAAACACGUAUACAUAUGCACACAACACACUCACAUAUGCACAUACACACGUUCACACACACACAUGCUCAUACACACACACGCACACCCACACACAUAUAUACAUGCACACAUUCUCUCACACGUGCACAUACACACACGCACACACACCCAAACACGUAUACAUAUGCACACACAGUCAUAUGUAAAUACACACAUGCGUGCACACCCACACACACUCACACAACAAUCCCAUGCAGAUGCACGCACACACACACACUGCUCUACAUCUCCCUCCCAUUACCGAGGGGCUUCAGCAGAGGAGGAUGAGAGUUGGCUCAGGAGGCCAUCAUGAGAGCUGUUUCUGCUGUGCUUCAGACCACCACAAAAACCUUUAUUUGGCUUCUACACCGUUACCCUUACUCUCCUAAAUUGGGGGGAUUACAGGCUUGAUUCUUGUUAUUUAUUUGAAUUCUGAGUUUUAUUACAUUACCUUCUUAGCACAGUACAUCCUUUAUUAUUUUAAAAUGUUAUUUAUCAAGUUUUUACAUAUAAGUAGAAUUUGGUUUUAUUUCAGCCUUGAGCAUAGGUUCUUAAAUUGAAAGAAUUUAGCUACACUGACAUUAAAUUUACUCUCAACAAUGAAAACUGGCACAUAGCUGAAAUAUUCUAGCACACUUCCUUCGUCUGUGAAGCGGUGGUGUGUUUACACAUUCUGUAACCUGUUAAUGCAGUUAGAAUGCAGUAAAUUGCUCUAGAGCACAAAAGUAUUGCCAGGGUGCGUUUGGAGGUUGAGCAGGGUCUGGACGAGUGCGCCAGUGGUGCCCUGUGCAUGCUUUGUGUUUCGGCGUGAAGAGAUGACCGUUUUCACACUGCAGUGUUUCAGGGGCGCUGAAACGAGCGCUGAAACGCGCUCUGAAUCCAGCUCUGAAUCGAGCGCUCACCCUCAGCGCUCUGCUCCGGCUUCCUUCACACGCCCCUUCCAGGCAGCUCCGGCGCCCUGGCUCAGGCGUGCGCACGCAUGAAUGGAGCGUCCCGUUGAAAGAGUUAAGCAGCCUAUUGAUCGCUCCGUCCUCGCGCUUCGCACUCCAGGCGCGCUGUGCAUCCCCCACCCCCUCUCAUCCAGCUCCUUCCAACCGGCACCGCCCCCCCUUUACCGAGGCCCACCAAUCGGAUUGCCGCAGUCUUCCCAGUCUCUGUUGCUGAGAGCUGCCGAUUGGCUGAGGGGGCAUCCCGCGUGCGGGUAGUUCAAGGGUAGAUGCGUAGCGGGAAGGGGGGGGGGGGUGGAGGGAGUGAACUGGAGAGAACCUUCUUCUCUCAGCCUGCCUCAGUUUGCUGGGGAGCGAGUGCUGCGGGGAGGAGAGAAGGUGAGAUCGCGAGUCAGUCAUGCGUCCCCGUGCGGUCCGUCCGGCCGGACGCACGCCCCUGCCCCCCUCCCUGCUCCGUGUCCGCCCGUGGCUGCUGGGACACCUGGUCUUCAGUUAAGCGCCUCUCCCCCCCCCGCCUCCCCGCGCCGCGGAGGGUCCGAUCGCACUGGAACUCUGAAGCUUGGGCAGCCAGGACAGGCGCACGCAAGCCUGCGCGCGGACCUCCUCGUUUACGUCCUCCCCGCACGCGUCUUCCCGCGCGGAAAUGCCCGAAGUCAACCUCCUGAUUUCUGUCUCGCGGACGUUCGUUCAGUUUAAAAGGAUGCUGAAUCGGGAGCUCACCCAGCUGUCAGAAACCAGUCGGUCAGGAAACCAGGUGUCAGAGUAUAUCGCCAACACGUUUUUAGAGAAACAGCAAGAUGUGGAGAUCAUGUCCCAGCCCCCCAAGGAGAAGGACAAGAAGAAGCGGCCCAUGUCCCAGAUCAGCGGGGUGAAGAAGCUGGCCCACAGCCCCAGCCUGGCCCCCACCAGCAUCCCACGCUUCGGGGUCACCACCGACCAGGAGGGUCCUCUGGCCAAGGAGUUUGAAGAAAUCAAUCGAUGGGGCCUAGACGUUUUCAAGAUAUCAGAAUAUUCUGGGAACCGCCCGCUGACGGUAGUGAUGUACUCAGUUUUUCAGGAGAGAGACUUGCUCAAGUCCUUUAAGAUCCCCGCAGACACCUUCAUCACCUUCAUGAUGACUCUGGAGGACCACUACCACGCCGACGUGGCCUACCACAACAACAUCCACGCCGCCGACGUGGUGCAGUCCACCCACGUCCUUCUGUCCACUCCUGCUCUGGAGGCUGUCUUCACUGACCUGGAAAUCCUGGCGGCUCUGUUCGCCAGUGCCAUACACGAUGUGGACCAUCCAGGGGUCUCAAACCAGUUCCUCAUCAACACCAACUCUGAGCUGGCACUGAUGUACAAUGAUGCCUCAGUGCUGGAGAACCACCACCUGGCUGUGGGCUUCAAGCUGCUGCAGGAGGACAACUGUGACAUCUUCCAGAACCUGAGCAAGAAGCAGAGGCAGUCCCUGCGCAAGAUGGUCAUCGACAUGGUUUUGGCCACAGACAUGUCCAAACACAUGAACCUGCUGGCAGACCUGAAGACCAUGGUGGAGACCAAGAAGGUGACCAGUCUAGGGGUGCUCCUGCUGGACAACUACUCUGACCGCAUCCAGGUCCUCCAGAACAUGGUGCAUUGUGCUGAUCUAAGCAACCCCACCAAGCCGCUAGAGAUCUAUCGGCAGUGGACCGACCGCAUCAUGGGGGAGUUCUUCACCCAGGGAGACCGUGAGAGGGACAAGGGAAUGGAGAUCAGCCCCAUGUGUGACAAGCAGAAUGCCUCCAUCGAGAAGACCCAGGUUGGAUUCAUUGACUACAUUGUCCACCCACUGUGGGAGACCUGGGCAGAUCUGGUUCACCCAGAUGCCCAAGAGAUCCUGGACACGCUGGAGGACAACCGGGAAUGGUACCAGAGCAUGAUCCCCCACAGCCCCUCCCCCACUCCUGAGGACCAGGACAAGGAGGGCGGCGCGGGGGGCGUGGGAGUGGGAGGGGCCAGUGGAGCGUCAGGAGGAGACAAGUUCCAGUUUGAGCUGACCCUGGAGGAGGAGGGGGAAUCGGACACCGAGAGCCCCCCCGAGGACGAGCAGCUGACGCCCGGCUCGGGGGAGCCCUCCAGGACUCCUGCGGACGGCCAAGCCGGGCCGGCCUCCCCCUGCCUGGGCCACGCCCUGAGCCUGGCCAGCAUUGGGGUUAGGAGCCCCCUCCACAGGACGUUGCCCUCCGAGGCGGACGGGGCCCCGGAGAGCGAGGCCGAGGACAGAGAGCCUGUCCCGGCAGGAAACAGCGUGACACUUCAACAGCACGGCACAUAACAGCGGACUCACGACCCUGUCUCUGCGUCUGUGUGUGUGUGUGUGUGUCCCUCCCUCCCUCCCGGUGUGUGUGUGUGUCUCUCCCUCCCUCCCGGUGUGUGUGUGUGUGUGUGUGUGU